CGAGUGUUCAAAUUUUUGAACUGAGAUGGAAAGCUCCGAAACCCUCUGCAAAGAAGGCAGAAUCUUCAUUUCCCAUGCCUUUUUUCCCUUCGAAACCGAUUCCCCAUGUCUUUGAAAGCCUUCAAGGAGGCCUUAAAACCCUGCAAGAAUCGAUCCUCCUCGUCUUCAUCUACUCUCUCACAAACUCCCUCGAUUUGCACUCAGUUCGAUUCAUCCACUGUAAACCCUAGAAAGCCCCCCAAAUCUUCUCUUUCCCGUCAGUUUCUUCGCUUUGAAGAUUCAAUUUCCUGCUCAUCCCUGACCCAAUCACGAAGACACCAAAGUCCUACCCAUUUCAGUGUCAAAGUCAAAGAUGAGAAAGAAGAAGAACAAGGGGCGGGAGAAGAGGAGCCCAUUGUAUUUGGGAAGUCAAAGUCGGAGGCUUUUCUUCUUGACCACACAGGGCCGUAUGAGCCUUUGGUUCUGUCUCCACAGGGCGAAACACCAUUGAUACAGGUACCAGCAUCUAUAAAUUGUAGACUUCUGGAGCAUCAAAGAGGAGGAGUACAGUUUCUGUAUGGUUUAUACCGUAACAACUAUGGAGGUGUUCUAGGAGAUGACAUGGGAUUAGGGAAGACAAUCCAAACCAUUGCUUUCUUAGCAGCUGUGUAUGGAAAAGAUGCAGACUCCAUUGGUUCAACCUCAUUGACAGGAGGGGAUCUUAAAAAGAAGGGCCCCGUACUAGUCAUCUGUCCAACUUCCGUAAUUCAUAACUGGGAGAAUGAGUUCUCCAAAUGGUCUACUUUUAGUGUAUUUGUUCAUCAUGGACCAAACCGUGAGUUGAUAUUAGACAAACUAAAAACGUAUGGAGUUGAGAUAAUAAUUACCAGCUACGAUACAUACAGAAUCCAUGGAAGCGUUUUAUCAGAUGUCCAGUGGGAGAUUGUGGUUAUUGAUGAGGCGCACCGGCUUAAGAAUGACAAAUCUAAACUCUAUCAAGCAUGUUUAGAGAUUAAAACUAAGAAACGUUACGGUCUGACUGGAACCAUAAUGCAGAAUAAAAUCAUGGAGCUGUUCAAUCUGUUUGACUGGGUGGUACCUGGCUGUUUGGGCACACGUGAGCACUUCAGGGAGUUCUACGAGGACCCACUUAAGCAUGGCCAGAGAUCAACUGCUUCAAACAGACUUGUUCAAGUUGCUGAAGAAAGAAAACAGCACUUAGUGUCGGUUUUGCACAAGUAUUUGUUGAGAAGGACAAAGGAGGAGACAAUUAGACAUCUUAUGCUCGGAAAAGAAGACAAUGUUGUGUUUUGUGCAAUGAGUGCAAUUCAAAAGCGUGUUUACCAGCGUAUGUUACAGCUACCUGAUGUCGAAUGCCUUAUCAAUAAGGAUCUCCCCUGUAGUUGUGGAAGCCCUCUGAAACAGGUCGAAUGUUGCAAAAGGACUGUUAGGGAUGGCAUUAUCUGGCCAUACCUUCACAGAGACAAUCCAGAUGGUUGUGAUUCCUGCCCUUUUUGCAUUGUGCUUCCUUGCCUUGUCAAGCUCCAGCAGAUAAGCAAUCACUUAGAACUCAUCAAACCUAAUCCAAGGGACGAUCCUGACAAGCAAAGAAAAGAUGCAGAAUUUGCUGCUGCUGUAUUUGGCCCUGAUAGUGAUUUGAUUGGGGGAAAUACUCAGAGUGAGAGUUUUAUGGGUCUGAGUGAUGUCAAGCAUUGUGGGAAAAUGAGAGCUUUGGAGAAGCUUUUGUUCACUUGGAUUUCACAGGGUGACAAGAUUCUUCUUUUCAGUUAUUCUGUGAGGAUGCUGGAUAUACUCGAAAAAUUUCUUAUACGCAAAGGGUAUUGUUUUUCGAGACUCGAUGGCUCUACUCCAACUAGCUUGCGUCAAUCUCUUGUAGACGACUUCAACUCCAGCCCAAGCAAACAGGUGUUUCUCAUAUCAACAAGAGCUGGUGGCCUUGGACUCAACCUUGUCAGUGCAAACCGUGUAGUGAUUUUUGAUCCAAACUGGAAUCCUGCUCAGGAUUUGCAAGCCCAAGACAGAUCAUUUCGGUUUGGGCAGAAGAGGCAUGUCAUUGUUUUUCGUCUUCUUGCUGCUGGUUCUCUUGAAGAGCUUAUUUACUCUAGGCAGAUAUACAAACAACAGCUAUCUAAUAUUGCUAUUUCUGGAUCCACUGAGAAGCGAUACUUUGAAGGUGUGCAGGAUUGCAAAGAGUAUCAAGGGGAGCUAUUUGGAAUCUGCAAUCUUUUCCGGGAUUUGUCUGAUCAGCUUUUUACAAGUGAUAUCAUUGAAUUGCACGGGACUAAAGGCAACGAAGAUGGUGGAAGUUUUAAACAGGGUUCAAAUGACCGUGAGGGGCAUGCUAUCCCCAAUCAAGAAACUAUUGGACUUGAGGGGAAAAAUGCAACAUUUAAGCUUCAAGACCUUGGUGUUGUUUAUGCUCAUCGCAAUGAAGAUGUUGUUAACCUCCGAAAUGUGGGAAUCCCAAUUAAUGGGGAGCAUCUGAACCAAACCACGCAACAGAUGGAUUUUCCAGUAAUUGGGAGACGAAAAUCUGAUGCGAUGAACGCGAAAGAGGAGGAAGAAGAUCAUGAUAAGGUGAAGAUGCGUAAGAGAAGGCAGUUCACACGUAUCGCCCAGUUCAUGGGUAUGGAAGAUAAGCAAUUUAGCAAAUGGAUACUGUCUGCAACUCCAGCAGAAAGGGAAAUGGUGCUCCAAGAUUAUGGGAAGAGAAAGAAGAGUUCUGAGAUUUCUCUACUUUGUGGCAUGAAAUAGUCUGUGUGAUGUAUAAUGUAUGUUUAGUUAGUUGGUCACAGUUAUAGUUAGCCGGAUGGUUCAUAGUUUAGGAAAGCAAUAAACACCAUAUAUAAUGCAAAUAUAACUAAAAUGGUUUUACAGAAUAAUAAUUUGGUUACCAU